AUGUUUGUUUACACUGUCCCUGAUAUUCCCAUCCUUCUGACGACAUUUUCACUGCUAUAUCUUCUCAACGUCGCUGAAGCGAUUUUCAACUACCUCCUCGAAGCUGGCCUCCUGGGCUCCCUGGCAGUAGGAAUCGUCUAUGGGCCAGAAGUCUCAUCCAUCGUUCCUGAAAAUGUCCUUCAGACUCUUCUUAUUCUUGGAUACAUCGGUCUCAUACUCCUGGUCUUCGAAGCCGGAUUGAGCACAAACAUUGCUCUACUGUAUGAUAAUUCAACUUCAUCAAUUCUGGUUGGUGGAUCAGGUAUUUUACUUCCAAUUGCACUUUCAAUUCUUGUUGUGCAUUUCGGAUUUGGGUAUGACAUAUUACCGAGUUUCGUAGCAGGUGCAUCAUUGAGUUCCACAUCCCUUGGCACAACCCUUUCACUUCUCAAACCAGAACUUCGUCAAACCAGGCCCGGGAUAGUUCUACUCAGUGCCGCGUUAUUUGACGAUGUCGUGGGGCUUAUCAUUGCGGCAAUAAUGCAGACGUUAUCGUCUAAUGCCCUUGGCUCUGUGUCAUGGCAAAACAUCGUCCGACCACUUCUGGUUUCAGUUGCAUUCGCAGGAAGUACUUGUCUUUUGGUGUGGGCUCUACAACUAUUGAUGAAACCAAUGCCUGAUCACUGGAAACGAGACAUUUAUCGGGCGGAAACUCAGCUGUUUUUACAAGCAGUCUUCUUGGCGGGCUUUGUAGCUGGGGCCAAAUACGCUGGGACCAGUGAGCUUUUUGGAGCAUAUCUUUCCGGUGUCCUCGUUGGUCACAUCUUUCAAUCACCCCCAGAAAAUGUUCAACCGUCGGCACGAUCUGCGUCGAUCGACUCUGCUGCUCCCAGUGCCGGAAUUUAUACACCCCACCUCACAUUUGAUACCUUUGUCCAACCUAUCCUUCGAUAUGUUCUUUCGCCCAUAUUCUUUGCCUCUAUCGGAUCUGCUCUACCUAUCCGGACUCUUGGUUCCGUGGACGGCUCAUCGCGAGUGGUUUGGCGGGGUUUUGUAUACGCGCUUUUAAUGGCGGGCGCAAAAGCCCUGACUGGCUUCUGGCUUUUUAUCCCCCCCACAUUCUUGACAUUUCAAACGAUUUGCCCAACAUGGAGAAUAAGGAAUCGACAUAGGCAGUCUAUCCCCGAUCCUCUUGAAGAGCUGUUGAUGUCCCCAAUGCGCUCGGCAAUAUUUGUGGGACUAGCUAUGAUAGCUAGGGGAGAGAUAGCACUAAUUAUUUCUCAAAUAGCUAGACCCAUUUUGACACAAGUUUCUCAAGAACUUUAUGCAAUCGUCAUUUGGGCCAUCUUGUUAGACACAGUCAUCGGGGCUGUGGGUGUAGGGAUAGUUCUUCGACAAAAUCCUAAGGCGUCAGGAUGA